UUUAGUCCCAUUCUGGAGAAGUUCUGAGCUGCAGUGCCAGACAAUUGAAAUGGGUGACACGGACAAACCUCAGGUUUCAUAUGAGCGUAUCGAAGAUGGAGUCGACUCGAAACCGCAGGAGUAUAGGAAAAAACUGGAGCAAAACUCCACAGGUCCCUGGUAUUUUGCCAGUAAUUUCCUUCUGUUCUGGGCGCUGCUCUUCUUAGCCGUAGUGGUGCCUCUCUUGUACCGGCUGCCCGUAGCCAACACCAUCGAGGAUGCCUCAAAGGGAGGAUUCAUUGCGGAGCGCGCCUACGACAACCUUUACGAAUUUGACAAAAUCGGACCCAAAGUGACAGGCAGCGAUGCAAAUGAGAACAAAACCGUGCAAUUCCUACUCAAAGAACUAGCCCUGAUUCAGCAGAGUGUCCUUGAUGACUACUUUGACAUGGAAAUUGACGUGCAAGUUACUUCCGGCUCAUAUCUAAAAUCUGAAAUAAUCUACAUGUAUCGAGCGGUGCAGAAUGUUAUUGUAAAACUCAGCCCUAAGAACAGCACCAGCGACACCUACCUCCUGGUCAACAGUCACUUUGAUUCGAAGCCGACCAGUCCCUCUGCUGGCGAUGCGGGCCACAUGGUCGUUACGAUCCUUGAGGUGCUGCGAGUGAUGUCCACCACUAAACAGACAUUCGAGCAUCCAAUUGUGUUUCUUAUCAACGGAGCUGAGGAGAAAUCGCUGCUUGCUGCCCAUGGCUUCAUCUCCCACAAAUGGGCUACGUUCUGCAAGGUUGUUUUAAAUCUGGAUGCAGCUGGCAGUGGGGGACGCGAGAUUCUUUUCCAGACUGGACCCAACCACCCUUGGCUCGUAGACAGCUACAAGAAGAAUGCUAAGCAUCCAUUUGCCACCACCAUGGCUGAGGAAAUCUUUCAAACGGGUCUCCUACCGUCGGACACGGAUUUCCGCAUUUUCACUCAAUAUGCCGACCUCAUAGGUCUGGACCUGGGACAGUGCUUCAAUGGUUACGUUUAUCACACAAGGUACGACCGCAUUGACGUCAUUCCGCGCACUUCUCUUCAGAACACUGGUGACAAUGUACUUGGUCUUGUCCGAGGUCUGUCCAAUGCCACAGAACUGCGUAACCUAAAUGCAUACUCAGAGGGACAUGCCGUCUUCUUUGAUGUCUUAGGGCUGUACUUCGUCAGCUACUCGGAGAGCAAUGGCAUAAUCUUCAACUAUGCCGUGGCUGGAGCUACCAUUGUCCUGAUCUUUGUGUCCUUGUGGCGCACCGCAAGCGCGUCCAAUGUCUUCACCGGACACGUCGUCGGCUGGUUCAUUCUGAUUCUCGUACUCCAGGUCAUUGCCUUGCUGCUUGGCCUGGGACUGCCCGUGGUGGUUGCGUAUUUGUUCGACAAGUACGGCCUCUCCCUCACCUACUACAGCACUCCAGCACUGCUGAUCGGCCUGUACGUGUGCCCGAGUCUCAUCGGUCUCAGUUUGCCCUCCUUCAUCUACUUGAAGCUGCAACGGGAUGACAAGGUUUCCUUUGCCAAACAACUGCAGCUGGUGCUCCACGGACACGCCACAAUCCUGGCCCUCCUCGGCUUUGGACUAACUCUCUAUGGCCUGCGAACAGCCUACGUGGUCACGUGGACUCUCGUCUUCUACAUUAUUCCCCUGGCCAUCAAUCUUCUCACGACUCUGCACGAUCGCGGCUUCGCCUGGACGGGUGUCCUGAAAGCCUUCCAAGUCAUCCCGUUCCUGUACAACAGCUAUCUCUUCUACACAUUCGUUGUGGUGCUCACCCCCAUGAUGGGUCGCUUUGGCUUGUCCACCAAUCCAGACUUGAUUGUUUCCGCCUUGACUGCAUUGGGCACAAUAUUCUCGUUGGGUUUUUUGGUUCUGCUUGUGCAUAUUUCUCGGCGCUCCAGUCUCAUUUUCCUCGGCCUGCUGGCUGUGACUGCCUUAACUGUAUACACUGCCUCAUCCACGCAAAUCGGGUUCCCCUACCGUCCCAAGACCAACGUGGAGCGUGUCCACUACUUGCAAGCGCGUCGCGUGUUCUACGAGUACGAUGGAACAGUCAGCAAGGACGAGUCCGGAUACGUGUUCGAUUUCCAGGAUCGUCGUGGAGCAGCUCCACUGAUGGGAACCAAGGUGAACCUUACUGGUUUGGUCAGCAUGAAAUCGGACUGCGAGAAGUACAUGAUGUGUGGGGUUCCCCUCAACUACAAAAGCACUGAGAGCAGCCGCGUUAAUGGAAUGUGGUUGCCGCGUGAGCAGCCCAUCGAGACACCAUCGGUGCCUGUUUUGGAGCUGCUAAGCAAGACUGUGCUGGCGGAUAACAAAACCGUACGAUUCGAGUUUAAUUUGACUUCUCCGGAUCAGACGAGUCUCUUAAUCCAGCCGUACGAAGACGUGACCGUUAGCAACUGGUCGUUCCUGCUCAGUCUGUUGGAGAGUAAAACGUCCAGUAGCAGUCCGUUCUGCAUUAACAUCUCGUAUGGAAUUGACAGCUCUCCACUAAACUUUUUCAUAGAACUCACGAAACCCAAUGGCGACUUCAAGGUACCCCUCUUCAAGAUCGGCGUAUCGUCGCUUUUUAUACACAGCAAAGGGGACGCCUUGAGUCUGAAAUUAGCAGCAUCGUUCCCAUCCUUUGCGGUGGCCAUCCAGUUUCCGGCAAUGUAUCAAAGAUACAUUUAUUAAUUUAUCUGAAAUGCAAAUUUUUAAUGAACAAAUAAUUGUGUCCGAGAAAAUUCGUUCAACUAUGAUGCCUUCAAACCCGAUAGGCCAAAUAUGAAAUAUAUACAUA